GGUCCAUCAACUUAUCAUUAUCCGAUAUCCAAAUAACGGCGAAGUACCUUUAUCGUCACCUCGAACUUCAAUGACUCUAGAACGGUGACGAAAGGGCCAACAUGUCAGACGCCUCAUGUCCUCCUUUUGCAGCAGUUCCUCGACGAGCGGAACCUUCGUCUCGAAGCUAGCCUCCCGCCAGGUACUCUCUUUCCUAUAUCCAUUCGAGUUCACUCGGGGUCUACAUUCUGGCCCCCGGAGGGACACUUGCCGUCGAAUACCUCUACAAAUGAUCUCAAGCACAACGGGGCUGGAGGCUUGGUUUUUCAGCUCCCUUGCAAAUGCGAGCCAUUGUCGCAAGCAUAGCACAAGAAUACCUCAACAUCGCAAGUUUUUUGCACCACAAAAACGAAAUGUCUCUGCAGACGGGCGGCUGGCGUACAGCGCCUAUAUUCAGCGGCAUCAGCAUACAAAGACGGCCUUGGAAGUAGCUGAGGAGGCCCGCAUUCACCCCAAUACCACACGAGAAGAACUUAUGGCACUGGUGGACCAGUACGACGGACCGUCAUUUACGGAUCAACUUCCGUUGCUUGAGCUUCCAAACCUUCAUCAACCAGGAGACGGUCCGCACCUCACCGUUUCCGAUAAGGAAGAGGACGAAUGGCCCCCUCCACAUCAGGCUUGGCCUGCCGACCCUGAAACGAAGACCAAGCUUGCACUACUAGAUCACGCACUUCGAGACUUUUCAAAAGAACCAGAGGACAUAUACAAGUUAUAUAGGGAGUUACCUGCGCCGCGAGCUCCCUAUCUCGAGUCCAAGGCCCGACAUAAACUUCUCCGGCAUCUAGCAGUAGUGGAACGUAAAGAUGAACAGUCCAUGCUGAGAUAUUUUUCGGUAAUCGACGAUAUGAGAAGUACCGCUAUUCCUUUGACAACGUCUGAGUGGACCAGCGCCAUUUCGUUUGCCGCUCGAUAUGUCAACAGGUCUACUGAAGUCGAGGUUGAGGCGGCCCUGCAAAUGUGGAGAGAGAUGGAGCACGUCGCUGGAGUUAAGGGAAACGAUGCCACAUUCAAUGUUUUAUUUGACGUGGCGUGCAAGGCCGGAAAGUUCACACUCGCCGAAAUGAUAUACAAUGAGAUGGAAGCUCGUGGCUUCAAGUACAAUCGAUUUCACCACGUGAGCCAAAUACACUUCUAUGGUCUCAAAGGAAAUGGUGAUGGCGCACGAGCAGCCUACAAGGCUCUUGUCGAAGCUGGUGAGAUUGUUGAUACAGUCGUACUGAACGCCAUGAUAUCUGCUCUCAUUCAGUCCCAUGAAGCAAAUGCGGCGGAGAAUGUCUACGAACGCAUGAAAAGAGCCCAUCUGGCGAAUAAAGACUCUCGGCUCCCUCCGAGAGACUACAAAUCUCGAAGGGAAAUCAAUCUUACGCUAUUAAAAUUGGCCAAAACCGCCAAGAAAAAUCCAACGAAGCUACAGGAAUUCCGGCAGAAAUCAAUCAUCGCGCCGGAUCUUCAUACGUAUCGAAUAUUAGUUAAUUAUUUCGCGGUCAGGUCCGGCGAGCUGGACAAAGUGGCCAAAUAUCUUGAUGAGAUGAAGUGGUUUCAAAUACCUCUUCAUGGAGCUCUCUUUUUGUCCCUUCUGAAAGGAUUUGCUCUUCAUGGCGGGAUUCGCUACACUCAUUGGACCGAGGAUAGGCUGGAGAGCGUAUGGAAGGCUUUCAUUCAAGCCAUAGAUGGUGGGGAAGAAGAUUUGUAUAUCUCAAAAUGGAUUGCUUUGUGGGCACUCAGGGCCUUUUUGAAGUGCUCGGGAAAAUCGAGAACAGUUGAUGUGUGGGAGGAGAUGCGGCAGAGAUGGACGCCAUCUGAAGCGGAUAUGGAUUUUAUCAUGAAAACUCUACGUCCAUUACUUGACGGUGAGGAUAUGGCAGAGAAACGUUACGACUGGCUACUAGGGUCAUUGUAGAAUAGAAGUGAUGGGGAU